AAAACUUUAUCAGGUGGAAAUGAAAAAAUAAAAACUACAGGGCUACUGGGUGUCUGGGUGUAGUCGAAUAAAUGAUCAUCCACUCUCAAGUCUCUCUUGUAAAAGGUCUAGGUUUCAAUUCCCACCAAGGGAAGAUGAGGGAGGUUUUGUUCCAAAUGAUUCUUUCUAUUUUCACGAAGUUGCUCAGCGGCUGAGAAUGGAGGGGAUGGUAAAUGGUAAUGUAGGCAACGAGUUCGUGUGAUAGGGGGAGCAGCCUGGAUGCAGCAUGAUCGACAAGCGAUACUUGGCAUAUGCAAUGCAUAUUCUUUCUCAAUUUAUGCAAGCUCCGCGUCAACAGCGCCGAGAUGCGGCGGUUCGUGUUGUACGUUACUUGAAUGGCACUCCGCGUCAAGGAAUACUUUUGAGCUCCUCGUGUGAUCUGACCUUGACCGGUUGGUGUGAUUCCGACUUGGCGAGCUGCCCACUAUCUAGGCGCUCUCUCACUGGCUGGUUAGUGUUUCUUGGAAAUUCUCUUAUUUCUUGGAAAACCAAGAAACAACAAACUGUGUCCCGUUCAUCUGCCGAGGCCGAGUACCACUACAUGGCAGCUCUUACGACGGAAUUAAAAUGGCUUAAAAGCCUUCUUAGUCUCGGGGUUGAUCAUCCUCAAGCCAUGCCUUUAUUCUGUGACAGUAAGUCUGCACUUCACAUUGCCCACAACCGUGUCUUCCACGAGCGUGCAAAACACAUAGAAGUUGAUUGUCAUUAUGUUCGAGAUGCCAUCCACGAAGGACUGAUUACUACACAACACGUUUCCACUACUGAUCAACUUGCUGAUAUAUUUACUAAAGCUCUGGGCAAGCAGCAAUUUUCCUACCUUUUUCACAAGUCGGGCAUUUAUGAUCUGCAUGCUCCAACUUGAGGGGGUGUUGGGCAAGUUUGGGCUUUGAUUAACCAUUAUAAUUAAUUGUUAAUUGUUCUUAGUUUGUAUUUAAUGGGCUUCGGCCUAUUAGAGUAGGGUUGCACAUACCGUGUAUAUAUACUCACACUUUGAUGUAAUAGAGGGUAAGAGAAAUCAAUUCCAGAUCACUUGUUUU